AUGGAGAACAUCGAGAUCUUCCUGAAGGGAGCUGAGGCAUACGGCGUGCCAAGCAACAGUCUCUUCCCCACCGCUGAUCUUUUCGACGGACGCAACAUGGCCAUGGUCAUCUCCACAAUCCUGCAGCUGGGAACUGAGGCCCAGCGCCACGGAUUCCAGGGCGAUACCUGCGGGCCCAAGCCCAGCGAGAAGCACAUCGUGGAGUUCACCGAGGAGCAGCUGAGAGCUGGUCAGGGUAUCAUUGGUCUCCAGGGCUGACGAUAUGUCUGCUGCCUCUCAAGCCACCAUCAACCUUCAGUCCGGCACCAACAGGGGAGCUAACCAGGCUGGCAUGAGCUACGGAGGACGCAGGGACAUUAUGUAAACUGGCCUGCAACCCUCUCAUCAUUUGCAACUCGAAGAAGCAGCAAUGCAAUAAUAUAAACAACAAACAAAAUAAAUAACAAUGACAACAACAACAACAACAACAACAGUAACAACAGCAUAAGCAACAACAACAAUAACAAGACGGAAGCAUUUCCGAAACAAUCAUCAAGAAUGAUUUACUUGCAGUUGUUUUUGCAGACUGUCAAGGACUGAAGAUGAUCCCGACGUCACGAUAAGAUAAAGACAAGAAUGAUAGAUGAAAGAGAAGAGAUCUUAUUUCGUGAUGUCUAGCUAGAAAAGUAAAGCAUUCUUUAAAAAAAGUAUUGUUAAUGUUUUAUCUUUGUGAUGAUGUUGCACUUUUGAACUAUCAGAAAGAAGUUGUAACUUUUCCUAUUGCUUUCUAGAGUGGCGAGAACAAAAUCUGUUUCUUGUAUCAUUUUCCAACUGAUGAAUUGUCAAGGCCAUAGAAUCAAUUCUUUACGCCGACCAGCCUGUAACAGACGGGUGUAUUUGUCCUCCAGAAAUAAUAAUAACAAUAUAUGUAUUGUUACUUUUCUUCUGUGGGGGUUCAGGUUAGAAUUGGUGCUAUAGUUUUGCCGUCACCAGCUGGUUUCGUCAUGUGUUGCUAUCAUUGGUCACUCUGACGACAUCGCUCUUGGGCUGUGCUGUCUGGCUACUUUCUAACGCAAAAAUCAGUCCAUCUCUUCGACACUUCAUCUAGGCCUCGCCGAGUUUGCGACUUGACCGGCGUGUCUCCCAGCUUCUUGGGAAAUGUUUCACUGUUUUGUGUGCCGCGUUCUGUCUAUCAGAAGGAAGAAAACGGACGAAUGAAAGAACACAUAAAAUGAAAAGACUGGCUUCUUGUAGUCGCGUCUUUUUUCGGCCAGAUCUUGUCCUUGUCUUUAAAAUCUUCCAAUGGGAUUUUUUCAUUUCAUAUCUGUACUCAUUUGUCUCAGUAUAUUCAUUUGUCAGUCUGUCUGUCUGUAUGUCUGUCUGUCCGUCUCGUCAUAACGACUUUUUGGCCUGUCUGCCUCUUUGGUCUCAAAUCACAGCAAACAGAAGGAAGGAAAGAAGGAAGGUACGGACGUGUUAUGUGUGUGUUCUUCUCUCACUCUCUCACGUGUACAUAAUGAAGACACGUAGAAUAUUUUCAAAAAGAAAAACAUUUCCGAGCUCGAGCUUUUCUCGCUUUUUCGUUACAUCCUGCACUUGGGAAACGUAGACAGACGUUGUGAGGGUCAAGACUUUCACGGGGAUACCAGAGGCUGACGUCAUAGCGGUGUUGUCAAGACCAUCAACGUAAAUCAGGGACUUACUAAUACUUAUAUAAUCGGGACAGCGUGGAACAUGCUACGGACACGUUCAAUAACCAACCAAACAAUAAGCACCGCUUGACAAAGAAAACAACAACAACAAGAAUAACAACAAGUCAGCCAAAGUCGUCCCGUGACAAUUUUGACCCCUCACAAAAGUUUGCUGCAGUAACUUGGAUCGUUUGCUCUUCUCUGCCACCGUGAAGUCUUUAUUUUUGUAGAUGGUUUCCCUUGCGCUUCAAACUUCAAAGCUUCCGGAUAUAUAUUGUGGGGUAUUUUUGAUUGCCAUCAAAGCUUACAAUAAUAUGGUCAAGACAUAACUAUCGCCUGGUAAAAUACACCAGGCUUCUCUUGCACCAUACAGCUCGGCACAAUUCAGUUCCGCGUAAGAAAUACUAAUGUAUGUUUCUUUCUUGUUAAUAAAAAGAAUUCCCACGCUCUCCCUGCCACCCCCUCAAUCUCCGAAAAGUGGGAUUUGUUCAUGGCGUUAGAUAAUAACUAAAUGAAGGUGGGACAUAAAGAACUGGCGUUGUUAAGGGUGAGUAGUGUUUAUCAUCUUCUAUCGCUUAUUUUUCUAUCUGUCUUGCUUUGUAUAUACAUGGAUUAUAAUAAAACGGAAACUUUAUAAAAAGUUAA